AAAUAUGCCUACACUCUGUGAAUCUACAGGGUGUAAUAACAAUAAACUUAAUCUAAAUCAUACAAUACUAAUCUACAUUAUCUAACUUUGGCGUACUUAAAUCGCUACAAAAUAUUUAUUUACAUAAUAGGGACAUUAUAUGCGUUGUUAAUACACCCUGUAAAUCUAAAAUCUGGAUUUCUCCAGUCCUCCUCCCCCAGUAACUCUCAGCUGCUUGAGUCAAGAUGCCCAAAAUAAUAGAAUGUGUUCCAAACUUCUCGGAGGGGAACGACGAGAAAAUCAUCAAUGCUAUCUCCGAAGCAAUCAGGAAGACGACCGGUGUUAGCCUCCUAGAUGUAGAUCCCGGUAAAUCCACAAACCGAACUGUGUACACUUUCGUCGGAAACCCGGACUCAAUUAUAGAAGGAGCACUAAAUGCGGCAAAAGCAGCGUUUCCCCUCAUCGACAUGAGGAACCAUAAGGGAGAGCAUCCAAGAAUGGGGGCGCUGGAUGUGUGCCCCUUUAUACCGAUUAGUGAUGUAAGCGUGGAGGAGUGUGUUCAGGUUUCCAAGAAAUUCGGAGAAAGAUUGGCAGAGGAACUGAAGGUACCAGUUUUCCUGUACGGAGCCGCUUCCAACCAAGAUUAUAGGAAAACUAUGCCACAAAUCCGGGCCGGAGAAUACGAAGGAUUGGAGGAGAAACUCAAGGCAGCGGAAUGGAAACCGGAUUUUGGAGAGCCUUGUUUUGUUCCGUCUUGGGGUGGAACUGUUACCGGAGUUCGGAAAUUCCUCAUCGCGUACAAUGUUAAUAUGCUCUCAACUAAGGAGCAAGCGCACAGGAUCGCGUUGGAUCUCAGGGAGAAGGGACGAUCUCCAUCUGAACCUGGUCGUUUAAAGGCUUGCCAAGGUAUUGGUUGGUGGUUGGAGGAGGCAAAUAUUGCUCAAAUCUCCCUGAACCUGACAGAUAUGGAUGUUACUCCGAUGCAUGUUGCAUAUGAGGAAGCAAAGUCAGGAGCAGCAGAGCUGGGUUUGGCUGUGACAGGAUCGGAGCUAGUUGGUCUAGUUCCUCUCCAGUCUAUCCUUGCAGCUGCAGAGUUCUAUAUUGAGAAGGAAGGACUCAUGGUUCUUGAAGAAGAUCAAAAAGUUCAUCUAGCAAUCAAUAGAUUAGGCUUAAGCACGCUUUCUCCUUUCAAUCCUAAGGAGAGAAUCAUCGAGUAUUGUCUUCAAACGGACGAAAAAAAUCUUCUGAUUUCUAAAACUGUUUCUGAUUUUGUUAAAAGUGUCGGAUCAAGAUCGGCUGCACCCGGAGGUGGUUCCGUCUCCGCUCUUGUCGGAGCACUGGGCUGUGCUCUCGCAGCUAUGGUUGGAAAACUAACCUACGGAAAGAAACAAUGGGUUCACCUUGAUACAAGGAUGAGAGCAUUGCUCCCUCCCCUGCAUGGAUCAAUGCUCCGGGUACUUGAAUUAGUAGACAAGGAUACGGAAGCAUUUAAUGAUUUCUUCUCCGCGAUGAAGCUUCCGAAGGAAACCCCUGAACAGAUUGCUACAAGAGAGGAGGAAAUGCAGAAGGCUAUUCUGACCGCUAUCAGCGUCCCCAUGGAUUUGGUGGUCACACUGAACAGUGUGUGGGAACACUUGGAGGAAAUGGCGGGGAUUGGAAAUAUUAAUUGUAAAUCAGAUCUUCAAGUAGCUGCCAGAUGCCUUGAGACUGGUGUACAGGGUGCUGUACACAACGUGGAGACAAACCUAUCUGACUUGAAGGAUGAAACUUUGAAGAAUAAACUCCGGGAGCAAGGACGGAGUCAAGCGGAGAUGGCAACCCGGAGCCGAGACAAGAUUCUUCAAAUCAUCGAGGACAGAAAAUGAAGAAAAAACUUCACGAGAAAAAUGUGGACUUUACCUUUACAAGACUUGAAAGGUUGUUAUGCAAACAUUAAACAAAAUAAAUUGAAAGGUUGAACAAUGCACGCUUGAAGAGGAAAAAAUUAUAAUUUUUGAUUUAAUAAUGCUGCAGUGUGACUUUAAUAUACAAAGAUUUAUUUUUGAA